AUGGUGAUGUGGGUCUUUGGCUAUGGCUCUCUUGUGUGGAACCCAGGAUUUCACUACGAUGAGAAAGUGUUGGGCUUCAUCAAGGGUUAUAAACGUGUCUUUGAUCUUGCUUGCAUUGAUCACAGAGGUACACCAGAGCACCCUGCAAGGACUUGCACACUCGAGAAAGAUGAAGAUGCCAUAUGCUGGGGUAUUGCAUUCUGUGUCCGUGGAGGACCAGAAGAAGAACGUUUGGCUAUGGAGUACUUGGAACGUAGAGAGUGUGAAUAUGAUCUCAAGACAAGUGUAGACUUUUACAAAGAAGAUGAUCCCCUGAAUCCAGCUGUAACUGGAGUGAUGGUAUUCACUUCUACUCCAGACAAGGUCUCCAACAAGUAUUACCUUGGACCUGCGCCAUUAGAAGACAUGGCAAAACAAAUUGCGACAGCCAAUGGACCAUGUGGUAACAAUAGAGACUAUCUUUUCCUGCUAGAGAAGGCAAUGCACGACAUUGGGCAUGAGGAGGAGUAUGUUAUAGAGCUGGCCAAUGAGGUGAGGAAAGUUCUCGCAGAGAAGGUAUCACCGGUGAAGGAACCAAGAGCGAGCCGUGUGUCUAGCAACACCAAGAGCAAUGUCCCCACGGCUCAUCAGAUACUUCCUCAGCAAUCUGAAGCUGUUGCCACUACUAUAUAACUCUUGUAGUUUGUCUUUUAAUUGGCUUUAGAGACAUUUCAUUUGUGAAAACAGAUCGUUUUGCUUCUUUUCUUAACAAACCUCGUUUUUGAGUAGAAAAAUUAAUCUCCGUGCGUUUGAAACUCUGUUGUCUUGUUAUCCUAACAUGUGCUAGUUGAGUUAUCUUUCAGGCUCUGCAAGUAACAUUUUGAGAAAUUAAAGUAUGUUGGAA